AGCAUGAGGUCACCUGGAGCGAGAUCCUCUGGGGCAAGGAGGGCGUCGCAAAGGAGAGCAUCCUCAAGGCCGCUGGCCGCGUGCGGGAUCGCCUGAAGGGCAACGCGCCGCAGAUUGACUCGACCGCGAGCGAUGAUGGGUCUGCUGCGAAGUGGAACAAGGGUGAGUCGAAAGUCAAGGCGAAGGGAGCAUCCGUCGAGCUGCAGGCAGAUGCUGCGCUGCGAAGCGCAUCGGUCGCCUUUGACGCUAAUGUGCCUCGCCUCCUACGCUGACGCAUGCUUCUGGUACAGACUGGGAGGAAGCGCAGGGCACCUCGCGUGCAGCGAAGGAGAGUCAAGAACGGCGCGAUGCAGCGGCCGCACAGGCGCAAGCCGACGCACGGGCAGCGCAGGCAGCUGCUGCCGCACCGGCAGAGCCCGCAGCACCCGUGCGGCCACCGAAGCGCUUCAUCAUCUAGCGCGGCGUCUUUUCGGCUGCCUCGGCCUGUCUGCCUGGCGGUCUACGAUACCAUGAAGCUACGAUACCACUGCGCCUCGGCGUGCGGGGCAGCGCCUUGCCCUGCACUUGGCGAGGUCGUCAUCUGCAGCUGUCAGCGCCUCGAGGAACUCUUGGCUCGCGACGACCAAAGCCGCUUCAGCACUGCAGCUGCCUGCGCCGCAUCGUUCUCGGUUCUGCAUGCCCUCUGGCAGAGGCCCCGCUGCUUCGAGAGCACGUUGAACACGACAGACUGCGAGCUAGCCAGGCUCUCCAAGGACGCACGGCUCCUUCUCGGUCGUUCUCUCUUCGCGAGGAGACAGGCUGUGAAUCGCCGAGGAUGCCAGGUCAGGGCUGUCAGGAGAGAGCUCAGCCCCUCUGCCUAUCGUUCGGCGACUUGCACGGCACAUCUUCGCUCAUCGCCGGCAAGAGCCCCUCACACCGCCGAGGCGGGCCCUGCGUCGCACCGUGGGCCGAGCCACCGCGCAAGCAUGUGGGGGUACGGAUGUCUCGGCUCACGCACCGCGGGAAGAAUGCCGCCAACAAUGUCCACACGAUCUCUUGCAUCUGCGCCCUGUCGUGUCUUUUCGCUUGACCAGGCACACGUGGCUGGAAUCUGAACGUCAGGCACUGCGGCCGUGGGCGGAUGGUGGCCUCUCUCUUCCGAAAGCAGGGUGCAGGCACCUGCUCGGCCGGCGGCCGAUAGCGUGGACCGUUCGGGAGGACAUCGUGCUCCUCGCCCCUCUCUGCACGCACUCAGAGUCAAGGUCCGGGCGUCCGGAGGGGCGCGGAUGUACAGUGGUUCCGAGCUGAA